CCGCGAGGUGCCGGCGAUGCCGCUUCCAAAUCCGCUCCGUGUCGGGCGGCGGGAGGCAGGGGGAGCCCGGGAGCAGCGGCGGCCCGGCCCGGCGGGCAGCGAGCCCGGCAGGCAGGCGGGGUCCCCCGCCCGCCCGCGCUGACGUCAGGAAACUUUCUCCGCGGCUGAGGCGAGACCGGGCCGGAGCGGACGCCGUGUGCCGGCGCGGCGGGACGGCCUCCAUCACCUCGGCAGUACAUGAGAAACUAUAAAGCAGCAAUGACAAAGGUUCAAAAAUGUUGACAAGUGAUCUGUUCCACAUCUGAAUUAGUGUCUGCUCUAUACCUUGGCAAGAAAUUUGAAUGCACAAGGGUUAAAGUGGGUGGAGAAAACUAAACCCAGAAACAUCGUUGACUGGAUAGAUUUUUCAACAUGAAUCGAGCUUUCAGCAGGAAGAAAGACAAAACAUGGAUGCACACUCCUGAAGCCUUAUCAAAGCAUUAUAUUCCCUAUAAUGCAAAGUUUCUUGGCAGUACGGAAGUGGAACAGCCCAAAGGCACAGAAGUUGUAAGAGAUGCUGUUAGAAAAUUAAAGUUUGCAAGACAUAUCAAAAAAUCUGAAGGCCAGAAGACCCCCAAAGUUGAAUUACAAAUCUCAAUCUAUGGUGUAAAAAUUCUAGAUCCAAAAACAAAGGAAGUCCAGCACAACUGUCAGCUCCAUAGGAUAUCAUUUUGUGCUGACGAUAAAACUGACAAGAGAAUAUUUACUUUCAUAUGCAAAGACUCAGAAUCAAAUAAGCAUCUGUGCUAUGUAUUUGACAGCGAAAAGUGUGCUGAAGAGAUAACUUUAACAAUUGGUCAAGCAUUUGACUUAGCUUACAGGAAAUUUCUGGAAUCUGGUGGAAAAGAUGUUGAAACAAGGAAACAAAUUGCAGGUUUACAGAAAAGAAUUCAAGAAUUAGAAACUGAAAACACAGAACUGAAAAAUAAAGUUCAAGAUUUGGAAAACCAGUUAAGAAUAACACAAGUACAUGCAUCUCCACUGCUGCACAUAAAGUGUGAUAAUGAUGAACAUAUGUUUCAAAGACCUUCUACUUUUUUCUGGUGUAACAAUGAGGAUUCGCCUCCUUGUUUAGAUAUCUCUUCCAUUACACUUACUCCUAGGAGUUCUCCUGACUCUAGACUAUCAUCUGGAUUGUUAAUACCACCACCUUCAAAAAGUGGUCUUCCAAAGCCAACCAGUGAAUACAGCUGCCCAAGACCUCGUGCAGGCAGUGUGACACCUAAAUCACCCUCCACUGACAUCUUUGAUAUGGUUCCCUUUUCUCCCAUAUCCCCUCAGUCAUCAACACCUACUCGCAAUGGUACACAGCCUCCUCCAGUACCCAGUAGAUCUACAGAGAUCAAGAGAGACCUUUUUGGAGCAGAACCUUUUGACCCUUUUAGCUGCGGAGCAGGAGAUUUCCCUCCAGACAUUCAGUCCAAACUAGAUGAGAUGCAGCGUCAGCGAUGGAGGGGUUCAAAAUGGGAUUAACUCUUGAAGGAACAGUAUUUUGUCUUGACCCACUAGACAGCAGGUGCUGAUGCCAAGAAACUAUAUGUGAAAUUUCUACGCAGUGGUGGUUUUUCUGAGGUUUUUUUUUUUUUUUCCUGAACACAUAUUCACAGAUAUUAUCCAUAUGCCAAAAAUUGCUUUUUUCACAUGUAAACUCUUGUGAGAUUUGCUUCUGUAAAAAUCCCAUUUAGUUCCAGUCUUUCCCUGUACAAAUGUAAAAAGUUGUAUUUGUUUAUGAAAUAUGAAUUAAAUUUCUCUCUUGUGUUUCUUUCUCUCAUGCUUUGGCCUGCAGUUGCUAUGCUAUAUGACUAUUAGCCUGGAGAAGUUCUUCAGAAAGCUCACACAUACCUCUCUCUGUUUGCAGAUAUGCAAGCAUGAUUUUUACAUAAUACUUUACUUGGCAGCAUUUUGAAAUUAAGUUUUUAAGCCAUUAUUUAAUAAUCAACCAGUAAAAAGGUUAAUAUCUAGUACAAAAAGUUCAAAUAGCCGUGGAAAGUACUAACCAUUAAUAUAUGCUUAAAAGCUAAAUCUGGAUGCCGUGUAAUUGAUUUCUAUUCCUGUGUGUGGUUAUUAUGCUGUAUAUAUGUUAUUAGUUUAUAAAAUCCGAAGAUUUUUAUGUCUUUAAUUCAUGUUUUAGAUACUAACAAAUUGUUAGUAUGCUAAUUGGUAUUUAAUGAGCAUAGAACUGCUGCUAAAUUGCAGAAUGGACAAAGUAACUGCCCUUUGGUUUGAUAUUUUAUAGCUGAACUGUAAAGUAUGUAACUUGGAACUCAUGACAUGAUCACCAUAACUUAAAAAUAAGAUUAUGGUCUUGCAUUUCCUUAGGAACUGGCAUGAUUUUGUGUGUAAGCAGGCACUCUGUGUUGACCAGCCUCAAUUCUCUAAGUGACUUCCAACACCUGAGUGUUUAUAGUCAGGCUCCUUUCUUUUUUCACUGUCUGCUUUGAUGACAUCUGUCUUACUAUAAUUUUGAAGCUUGCUGCAGAAGUUCAGUGUAUGUCUUUCAUACCCACUAGUUGUUCAUGUCACACCAAAAUUUCCAGUUGCGAGUUUAUUGUUGACCUAUCUAUGCAUACUUUUCAUUAGGUUUUCACAUAAGCAAUAAAAUAACAUCUUAAACUUAUCUCAGAAAUGUAUUAUCAUUAGUGUUUUGAUGCCUAAGCUCCACAUUAGUUGAAUUAAAAAACUUAACUCUUAUAUUUUGUCUUCAAAACAUAGAGGUGUGGAAAAAGAAAAAUCAGAUUUUUUUUUUUAUUAUUGUUAUUAUUUUCAUUCCUUUUUCAUGAGAGGUUUUUUUGUUGUACUUAUGGUUUUGUUCUUAGCGGUUAUGUUUUGCACCAAAAAUGCAUUUUGCAAAUUUGUCAUCACAUGUAUAUCUUUAUGCCUUGUUCAACAAAGUACUUAUGCAUAUACUUUGAAGUCCACUGAAAUGAAUGGGAUUAUUCCUUUGCUGAGUUUGACGUGUGCUCCGGUACCUUGCUGAAUGGAGGCCUUCCCAUCCUGCAUUACGUUAGUCUUCCUCUCUCUCUGUUCAACAUUGAUAUAGUGUGUUAUAUAUAAAUAUAUAUAUAUAUAUAUAUAAAAAUAUAUAAAAUCACUAACAAAUAGAAUAGUAUAUGUUUCAUAAAGAAAAGUCUUUAUAAUUUUGUUUGUCAUAUAGUAUUUUGGAAUUUGUAUAAUGAGGAUGUUUAGUAGCCAUAGCAAUGGCCUUUUUUAACAAAUAGAAUUUGUAUUUUUAUUGUACUUUAAAAAGCUUUGCAUAAUAAGCAUCUAUUUAGUGGUCAUUUAUUAUCAAUGGUAACACUAAGAUAAUAUUUGCACAUUUUAAGAAACCUUUUUCGUUACUGAUUUUUAUGAUAGUUGACUGCAAAUGGCAUGGUUAAAUAUUACAUACUUGGUCAAUCCACACGAAAAUACUUACAUCAAUGCAUUUUUAAUAAAAAGGUUAUGUGAUCCAAUUGGAAACUGUAUUUCUAUGUAAUCUCAAAUGUCUGUUUAAUUUUGCCUAAAAUAAAUGUUUUUAAAUAAA